AUGUUGUGCGUAAAAUGGAUACACACCAAUGACGUCAAUUCUCCGAUUUCCUUUUCUUUCUAUCUUUUUUUUUUCUCUUCUCGACACUCUCUUUUUAUGUCGUUUUUGUGUCUUUUCUUUCUCACACAUUUUCUUCCAUUUUUUUUUAUUUUAUUUUCUCCUUCAUUUUUGCUUGACAAUCAUUUUUUUUUUAACAAUAAGACAUUGUUCCUUUCUUCAUUUUUCCCUUUCUACUUGCUUCUUUCUUUCUUGCUUACUUUCUCAUGCAUUUUUCUCCUUCCCUUUAUCAGGCGAAUUUCCUGCUUGAUCCUUUCUUUCUUUUCUUUCUUUCUUUCUUUCUUUCUUUUUCUUUCUUUCUUCCUUUCUUUCUUUUUCUUUCGUUGUUUCUUUGUUUCUUUCUUUUUCUUUCUUUGUUUCUUUCUUUUUCUUUCUUUGUUUCUUUCUUUUUUGUUUGUUUGUUUCUUUCUUUCUUUCUUUCUUUCUUAUACGUUUUUAUCUUUAAAUAUUCAUAUGCUUUUUAGCCGUUGCUCUUUCUUUCUCCUUUUCGUUCUUUUUUAUAAAUUUUUCUCUUACCCUUUUUUUCAUAUGCAUUCUAUUUUUUUCUUUCUCGGGGCAUUUUUCUUUUCCCUUCUUUCAUACGAAUUUUUAUGCAUUUUUUUUUCAUUUCUCCUUAGUUCUUCCCUUAUUUUUUAUUUUUGUUUUUUUUCUGCAUUAUUUUCUUCCAAAAAUCCAUAUAUUUUUUCUCUUUCACCCUUCCUUAGUUUCCCUUUUGCUUUCUUUCUUAUGAAGUUUUCUCUUACUCUUUAUCAUAUGCAUUGUCUCCUUGGUUCUUUCUUUCUUUCUUUCUUUCAUCAUUUUUUUCUUUCUUUCUUUCAUCAUGUCUUUCUUUCUUUCUUCAUCAUUUCUUUCUUUCUUUCUUCAUCAUUUCUUUCUUUCUUUCAUCAUUAUUUUCUAGCGUAUUUUUCUCUUUCACUACUUCAUACGAAUUUACUCCUUCUUUCUUCUUCUUUUUUUCUUCCUCGUAUACUUUUCUUUUUCAAUUUUUCCAUAUGGAUGUCCGCUCUUUUUGUCUUUCUUUUCCUUCUUUUUUUUUUCUCAUGCAUUGUCUCUUUCACUUGUUUUUCUUCUUUUCUCAUGUUUCUCCUUCUUCUUUUUUCAUAUUCAUCCCCCACUCUUUUCGUUUUCUUUUCUUAUGCAUCUUCUCUAUCUUUUCAUACACGGCCGUUUUUCCUUUAUUUAUUCCUUCUAUUUCUUUUUCUUAUUCUUCUUCAUUUUUGUCUAUUUUUCAUUUUCUAUCGUUCAUAUGCUUUUCUUGUCUGUUCUUUUCUUUCUUUCUUUCUUUCUUUCUUUCUUUCUUUCUUUCUAUUCAAUCUCUGGCUGUUUGAAUUCUUUCUUUUUUCUUCACUGAUUUUUUCUUUCUUUCUUUCUUUCUUUAUUUAUUUAUUUAUUUAUUUAGCAAUCUUCGUUCUUAUUCUUUCCUAUGAAUGUUUCUUUUUUUUUCUUCACGUUCUCGAACGUUCUUCUUUUACGCGCUCUCUCCCCACCCUCUCUCUCUCUCUCUCGCACACUUUUUUCUUUCUCUCACUCUCUAUCUCUUUCUUUCUCCUCCUAUCUCUCCCCUCCCUCUGUUUUCAUUCUUUUCACUCUUUCUCUAUCCUCCUCUUUCGCUAUCCACCUCUGUGUUCAUUCUUGCUCUUUUUCCCUAUCCUCUCUGUCUGUCUGCCUGUCUGUCUGCCUGCCCGUCUUUCCUUCUUUCUUUCUUUCUUUCUUUCUUUCUUUCAUUCUUUCUUUCUUUCUUUAUCUAUCCUCCUCUGUUCUUGUUCCUUCUGUCUUUCUCUAUCCUUCUCUGUUCUCAUUCUUUCUCUCUUUCUCUAUCUUCCUCUGUUUUCAUUCUUUCUCUCUUUCCCUAUCCUCUCUGUCUGCCUGCCUGCCUGCCUUUCUUUCUUUAUCUAUCCUCCUCUGUUCUCAUUCCUUCUCUCAAUUACUAUGUCACCAAAUUCAAGAACCCACGCUUUAAUCCACUAG